CCCGAACCCGAACGAGCAUCUCGACUGGCAGGACCGCGACGUGGAGCGCGUGAUCGAGGCGCGCCUCGCGCCGCAGCACGCGCACGCGCUCGAUCUGGAGUGGCGCACGCGGUCUGGGUGGCUGAGGGCGCUCACGAGGCGCGCGGACGGGUGCAUGGCGUGGGCGGCGGUUGCGUGUGACUGGGUGUGUGCGGCGCUGGAUAGUGGGAGGGCUGUGGAGAGGGUGAGGGUGCUCGAGCAGCUGGCUGGGGGGUUGGAUGGGCUGUAUCGCGCUAUUUUGGGGGAUGCGUUUCCGCCGGUGCUGGACCAGGGACCAGGGCAGGGACAGGGGACGUCGGCGCAGGGACCAGCGUCGCCGCAAGGACAGGGACAGCUGCAAGGACAAGGAGGGGCGUCUGAUGUCGAGCGGUUCAAGUCCGUCAUGACCACACUCCUGAGCGUGCGCGAGCCGCUCGGGCUCCUCACGCUCAAGCAGCUCCGCGGCGAGGAACGCGAAAACCAGACGAUCGAGCACGUCUUCGCGCGCGUCUCAUUCCUGCUCGACGGGCCCGUCGCGCCGGGCACCGGCGGCAUCGCCGUCUCCCCAUCGGCGCCCGAGGCGCCCAUCACCAUCAAACACGCGACACUGCGCGACUUCCUGCUCUCCCCGAGCCGCGCGACGAAGGAGUGGUUCGUCGAUGCCUCCGGCGGCGCGUCGGCGUCGGGGGCGGCGGACGAGCGCCUCGCGCUCGCGUGUCUCCAGGUGAUGCGCGUCGGGUGCCGGUUCAACAUUCUCGGCCUCGAGUCGUCGUAUGUGUGCCACAACGAGAUCGCGGACUUUGACGCGCGCGUGAGGCGCCACGUUUCGCCUGCGCUGCGGUAUGCGUGUCGAUUUUGGAUGGAGCAUGCGAGCGCGACGCCUGCGGGGAGGCGCGGAUCGGUGAGAAGGGAGGUGGAGGAGUUUUUGGGGAAGGGGCUGUUGGUUUGGCUGGAGGUGGUGAGCGCGACGGGGUGUGUCGAGGCCGUUAGAGAAGGAAUGAAGGGGCUGGUCGCGUGGGCCGAGAACAGCAAGCUGAAAGCGCUCGUCCUCGACAUCCUCAACUUCCUCACCGUCUUCUCGGGGCUCAUCGCGUCCUCGUACCCCCACAUCUACCUCUCCGCGCUCCCGUUCACCCCGCCCGGCUCGUUCGUGUACAAGCGCUACGCGCCGCAGCUCGCGAGCGCGCUCAGCGUGUACUACUCGCACACGCUCGGCUGGGCGUCGCUCCCCGCGUUCAAGGAGCCGGGGCACCCCGUCACGGCGCUCGCGUUCUCGCCCGACGGCGCGUACCUUGCCGCGGCGGCGGACCGCGCUGUGCAUGUGUAUGAUCUGCGUGCGCGCGGGGUGCGGAGGCCCGAGCCGCGCGUGCUGAGGGGGCAUACGGGGCGGAUUGAGAGUGUUGCGUUUGCACCGGCUGAAGGGGGUGGUGGGGCGAAGCGGAGGAGCGGUGAGCAGCCGACGUCCCCGCGACAGCAGGGGCAGCAGCAGCAGCAGCAGCAGCAGCAGCAAGGACACCUUUUGGCGAGCGCGUCGGCGGAUGGGAGCGUUCGCGUCUGGAGCGUGCCCGAUGGGAACUGCGCGGUGGUGAUUCGCCCCGGGGUGGAGCAGGCGGUGACGGACGUUGCGUUCGAUGCUGCCGGCUGUAUACUGUUCACGGCGAGCCGCGAUGGGACGGUGCAGGCGUGGGACGCGAGGGCGCCGAAGCAGCGGACGCUGGUGUGGGGCGCGAUGCAUGCGCGGGGUGUGCAUCGCCGUGCCGCGUCGGGGUCUCCCUCGUCUGGGAAAGGGAAGGAGCGGGAAAGGGAGAAGUCGGCUAGGGAAAAGGAGAAGGAGGACAAGGGGAAGGAGAAGGAGGGGAAGAACGUCAAGUGUUCCCCGGAAGAAGAGGCGCCGUUCGCGAUCUCGUGCAUGCCCGACGGGAAGACGCUCGUGUCGGUUGGCGGGGACGCGGCGGUGCGUAUAUGGGAUGCGAAGACGGGCGAGGCGCUGUGCGAGAUGGCGCACGAGAUGGGCGGGCAGUGGUUAACGUGUGUUGCGUGCUCGAGUGGCGGGCUCGAGGUUGCUACCGGCUCGGGCGCGGCGCCUUCUGUACCUACCACCUCCGCUACCACCACCAACAGCGGCAGCAUCGGAAGCGGGAACGGCCCCUCGGACGCAAACCAAAUUCUUCUAUGGAACACCUACAGCGGCAACGUGACCGGCACGCUCAAAGGCCACACGGGGAGCGUCAAUAGCGUCGCGUACGCGCGCGACGGGCGGCUCGCGUCGGGCUCGGACGACUGCACGGUCAAGGUGUGGGCGUACAAUCUCUACGCGGGGCGGCUCAAGACGACGACGCUGCGCGGACACACUGCGCCCGUGGGCCCUGUCGCGUGGGCGCCCGACGGGGGCUGCGUCGCGGGCGGUGCGGCGGACGGGACGGUGCGGGUGUGGAACGUUGCGCCGCCGGAUCCGACGCUUGGAAAUGGGGGUGGCGGGGGCGGCACACCGCACGGGCAUGGGAACGGCGCGAAUGCGAGUGGGAGCGGGUAUUUCGAGAGCACGAACGAGUGGCCGCAGGGGUGGCGGUACGACGAGGGGACGGGGUGGGUCGUGGACGGGUCGAAGCGGCUGCUGUUCUGGGUGCCGCCGUGGGCGCGGGCGGGGCUGUGGACGCCCGACACGCGGCAUGUUAUCGCGCAGGACUCGACGAGGGUGCUGCUGUCGCGGUUUAUGAUCGCGCACGGGAACGAGUGGCAGAAUUGCGUGGACGAGAGUGUGACGGGGAUCGCGCCGAUGGUGCUCAGCGUCGGCGGGAAGGGCGAGGUGAUGACGGUGGGCAUGGGUGGUGAGCCGGUGAGGCCGUGCGAGGACAAUUUGAUGGUUGAGCCUGGGAUGGGCAAGUGGCCAUGGGACGACGUCGGGUAUGUGGAAAGGCCCAAGGUGGCGGAUGGGUCUGGGAGUUUGUUUGGCUGGGGCGCAUGGAAGCCACCCAAGUUUAGUUUUCUGAGAUCAGCUUCAGGACUGUGACUUUGAUCCUUUUAGUGUAUUCAUGUUUUUGGAGACUCAUGUUGUAUUUUACCUUGUCGAACGUAAGCGCC